GGUGGUUUUCUUGGAGUCAUUAGAGUGUGGUCCGAUGAAAGAACAUUCAGUGGGACGAUGAGAGGAGUUCGAAUUGGUGCAGUGGCAGUGCUGAUGCCAGGGGAGCUAACAGGCUAACAUUAGCCAGACGAUGCUUACAACGCGAGCUUUCUGUCAAUGUCCUGUGGCGUUCGAUAAUAUUGUCUGGUGUCAGCAAACUUUCAUGUUGAUUUGCUCUUUCGUGGCUUGUUAGAGGAGGAGUUCACCUCACAAUACUGAUCUGAUUUGUCAGUGGGGGUGUUGAUACUCUUCUAAUACUACUGAAUUACUGAUGUGACAUUUCAAUAACUUUCAUUUUGGAUCACAUGAUCGUAUCUUAUUGUAUUGAUUCUAUACAGUACGGUAAUGUUGUGAGAGAUCAUAUUUCCCUUUUGAUCUUAGAAGGGCCUGGAUUUUAAAUAAGCAUGAUUCUUUAUUAUAUUUAUACUUUGUACAUCUUCCAACUCAUGUUAUAACAUUGACCAUAUUAUUUCAAGCUUGUAUUGCCUUCAUCUUCAUACUCAUGCUUGUCUCAUGUGGGUGAUUUAAAUGUAUAUUUUGUUCUUGGGUUGAGCUGUAUGGUGAAUGAAUGUUUAUUUUAACCUCUAAUACAUCACGAACAUGUUAUUUGACAGUUUUGUUGAGCGUAUGUCUCAUGAUAUGUUCCCUAUGCGUCAGUCAAAAUUUCUUCCUACAUUAUAUACAUAUUGAAAAGGAGCAGAGUGUAGAAUAGUUUGUGCUCAUUCCUCUCAAACUGCUUUCCUGUUGUUUAUUUUGCAACCUGCGUACAAGUGAAUCAUAACAGAAUGUACUUGUUGGCCUCAAGCGUUGAACUUCCUGUUGAAGUUUUGGCUCAACAAAAACACUCGUGAGGAUUCAUUUGAAUUGCGGCGACAGGUGAAAAAGACAAACUUGUGUCUCGCGACAGGUGAAAAAGACAAACUUGUGUCUCUCACGGUCUCUCACCUUAUAAUAACUCAAAUGUAAACCUCAUCUUUAUUUCAUCAACUGUGAAUUUAGUCAGUCAACUGUGAGUCGAGUAUUUUUCUUACCCUCCCCUCUCUUAAAACCAAUGGUUUGACUCAAAAACCUUGUUUUACCUGCCGACUCAGUCAGCUCAGUGCCACGUACAGUCGAGAGGAUGCAUGAGGGACAACAAGAAACAACAUAUGGCUGUUUGGACAUUUAAAAUGAGUUUUUAAAUCAUGAUCACAACAAAUACUUUUUUGAUGAUAUCAAGCUCCUUAAAAACUACAGUAAUAUAUCUCAGCAUUAUUAAGUACUCUUAACCAUUUUGUCUUGUUGUGAAAUGGAUCCCAUUUGUCCCAUGUAUACACGUGGCUCUGCUGUUGUGUAUAUGGUGACCUCGUGCUGCAGCUGGACCCAGAAAAAAUGUGAGUGAGCUUUUCAAAUUAACUCUUAUAACCCAAACGUUUGUUAAAGUCUGUGUACUUGCUUACUGUUUUAACAAGCAUUAAUGUUAUUCGCUGCAUCGGACUUGCCGUAGUGUUCGGCCAAUCACUGCGUCGGUCUGAGUCACGUGACUGCCGCUUGAAUCCUUUCUGCCGUAAGGAAAACGAAACUUAAACACUAAUUUGUUUCCCGUUUCCUUCUGAUGGAACUUUCUCAAUCUCACGUCUCUAUUGUCCGUGGCGACUUCACAUGCCUCUUAUUUAAACGAGUCGUGCACAUAGACAGGACACACUGCCUUUUUUAGUUCUUUUAUCUCCUGCAUAUUUGCUUUCACUUACGUUUUUAGCACAGCCUUUAUAUAUGAACGACACGUCUCUACCCUGAGAUUUUUUUUUUCUUAUCCAAAAUUAAUUUCUCUGGUGCUGACGUUAUUUUUCAACAAGCGAGGCUGUGUGUUCAACUAAAGUGGAGUAACUAUCCGUUUGACGUCUGCUGAAGGAGUGACUACAAAGACAGCUAGCUAAUCGUGCCCCCUUCCACCCCUGCGCUAUGAGCAGAGGUAGAGGGACACUAAAAGACAACUUCUUCCGGCCGCCACCAACCCACUACCAAGCUAAAGUGUGUUACAACCAAGCAGAGACAAUCGCACCAUUUCCUCGACAUCCUCAGCCCCCUUUUCCAAAUUACCACAACAACCCAGCCCGUACUUUGCAGCCCUCAAGUCCUUCUCUCCUCUCUUCUGCCCCACCUUUCUCACAAGUCGGACCCCACCAUCCUGAUCAUUAUCAAAACCACAGUCCGGGCACCUCUUCCUUUCACUACCUGCAGAUACAGUUCCUCAGAGGACAGACGUCAGAGGCACCUCAAUUCAGAGGGACUUAUCUCAGAGGAGGAAGUUCUGCAAAUUCAGGAAGGUCAGCUGGGUCCUCCUACAGUAGAUUUCCGAAUCCCAACCGAGGAAGAGGGUUCUACAACCAAGAUCCGAGUUAUGCUAGGCCUCGGAACAGCUCAAGUCCGAGGCAUUUGAAUAAAAGUAACUACCAUCACUACAACAGACAAUGGGGCCACCGAGCUGGAGAGCUUUUUGAUAACUUUCAGCGCCUGUCCCUGCAGCAUAACAACACCGUCACCGGAGGGGACAAGGGAUCUAAAGUUACGAUCAGUCUCACCCCUGACAUUCAAGAGUGUGUACAUAGAUCUUUGGCUGCUCUCGGACCUGAUGAGAAAAUCCCAGCAAAGUUGUUAGCUAGAAAGCUGCAUCUGCCCAAAAAGAUUGUCAACAAGGCACUUUACUCCUUGGAAAGUUUGAAAAAAGCCUCCAAGCAAGGGCUUCAUCCUCCUGAGUGGACCUUAUACAAAGAACCAGUACAUGGUGGUAACAUCAGCACUGCCACUGUGAAACACCCUCAAGAGCCUGAAGCCAAGGUUGAGCUCGAAGCCAAAGCAAUUGAUUUUAAUGAGGAAGGACCAGAAGAUUCUGACAAAGAAUCCAGCUCAUCUGACUCCUCUUAUUUUGAAUGGUCUGACUCUGAAGACUCCACAUCUUCACCUGAAGAUCCUAAAAAAGAUCAACAAAACAGUCCUGUUUCUUGUUCAAAUUCCAAGUCACCCGCAAUGGCAACUCAAAAAGAGCAACUUCUGCAGUACCUGCUGCAUGCAGGGGAGUCCACCUCCAUCAUGGUCGCCAAAAACUUGGGACUUCAAAGUUCUAAGCAGAUAAACCCCACUCUUUAUGCACUGGAAAAGCAAGGUGAAGUGGUCCGGAACACAGAUGUCAAGCCGCCCACUUGGCAGCUCUCAACCCAUCGCAAAGAGAGGAUGCAGAGGAAUAUAAAAGCAUCACAGAGCAAUCCAGAGGACGCUGGAAGUGGAUUGGACUUUCAGGGAUCACUCACGCCGUCAUGGAUUCUGGAAAAAUCUCACAGUGAACUGGCUCAAGCUGCCGCCCAGCCGUCACCUUCCCCUGCAGGUCAUGUGGAAGAGGCCAGCGAAGGACAGUGGGCCACCGAUGAUAUCCCCGAAUUCCUAAACGCCAUCCGGAAAGAAACGGAUGCCACAAGAAUGAAGAUGAAUGAGGACAACGCUAUCGGAACUGUCGCAGUUUCUUUGGCCGCUCCGCCGCCACAGAACCUUUGGGCCAAACUGCAAGAAGUGAGACUUAAGAACCCAGUUAGCGGUCUCAUGGAGUACGCUCAGUAUCUGGGCCACAACUGUGAGUUCAUACUGCUGGAUCAGAUGGGACCUUCUCAUGAUCCAAGAUUUCGUAUGCAAGUGUUGCUCAACAGAAGGACGUUCCCCGUGGCAGAAGCUUCCAGCAAGAAGGUGGCAAAGAAGGAUGCUGCCGCAGCCACAUUGCGGGUUCUGAUGGGAGAAAUGCAGAGCAGUUCAGGAGCAGGGGAAGAUGGAAAUAUGGCCAAUGCAGAUGGAGCGAUGGAUAUACUGCCAGACGCAAGUGGUCCAGGGGAGAGUGGGGGCGGAAUAUUUGGACCGGGCAACGUGGAAGGGAUGGAAACGGGUGAGGAGACCAAGCCGCCACUUUCCCGUUCGCUGCCUGGAGGGAAGAACCCGGUGUCUGUCCUGAUGGAGUACAGUCAACGCAGCGGGAACGCCAUCGAAUUCAUCAUCACUGGCCAAGCAGGCCCCCCACAUGACCCAAGGUUCAUGUACCGUGUGAAGGUUGGAGAAAGUUUGUUUGCUGAGGCCUCAGCUCCAAGUAAAAAGGCGGCUCGCCAGCUGGCAGCCGAAGAAGCCGUCAAAGAGUUAAUGGCUGAUGGAAGAUUACAGCUCAACAAGCCUCAGUUGCCUUUGGGCACCAGUGACGGCGACGGUUCUGGGACCAAUUGCCCCUCUUUGCCUCCCCUGACAGCAGAUGAGCUGCGAGCUGCCCAUGAGGCAGGGGUUGGUGAUCUCAUCAAUCACUUGAAUAACAACGCUGUGUCUGGCCUUCUGGAGUACGCCAGAGCCCGAGGCUUCGCUGCAGAGAUCCGCCUGGUGGGCCAGUCUGGUCCAGCGCAUGAGCCCAAGUUCACCUACCAGGCCAAGCUUGGCGGGCGAUGGUUCCCCCCUGUUUGUGCGUCGAACAAGAAACAAGGGAAACAGGAAGCUGCUGAUGCUGCUCUUCGCGUUCUGAUUGGAGAGGCUGAGAAAGCAGCUCGAACCGGGGAGCUCAUCCCAGCUGAGCUCCCAGUAAGUGGCAGCACUUUGCACGACCAGAUAGCCAUGUUGAGUCACCAGCGUUUCAAUGCCCUGACUACAAGGAUUCAGCACAGCCUUCUAGGCCGCAAGAUUCUUGCCACUAUUGUCAUGAGGAGAGGUGAAGGCCUGGGCACUGUUGUCAGCCUUGGAACAGGUAACCGCUGUGUUAAAGGGGAAGAACUGAGUCUGAAGGGGGAGACGGUGAAUGACUGCCAUGCUGAAAUCAUCUCCAGAAGGGGAUUUGUCCGGUUUCUGUACAGCGAGCUCCUCAAGCACUACGAGGCCUCGGAAGAGAGUAUUUUCGAGCAAGCGGAAAACAACAAACUUCGUAUUAAAUCAGACAUCACCUUUCACCUCUACAUCAGCACUGCUCCCUGUGGAGAUGGAGCCCUGUUUGAUAAGUCCUGCAGCGAGUCAGGCGACACUCUGGACGGACACCAACCUCUGUUUGAGAAUACUAAACAAGGCAAACUUCGUACUAAAGUGGAGAAUGGUGAGGGCACGAUCCCUGUAGAAUCUAGUGCCAUUGUGCCCACCUGGGACGGCAUUCAGCACGGCGAGAGGCUGCGAACCAUGAGCUGCAGUGACAAAAUUCUCCGCUGGAACGUGUUAGGACUGCAGGGGGCGCUGCUCACACAUUUCCUCCACCCCAUCUAUCUGAAGUCCAUCACGCUUGGCUAUCUGUACAGCCACGGUCACCUGACCAGAGCAGUCUGUUGCCGGCUGGCCAGGGACGGCUCAGCGUUUUCCCAGUCCCUCCCUGCACCUUUCAUGCUCAAUCACCCUGAGGUGGGCCGAGUGAGUGUGUAUGACUCCACACGACACACUGGCAAGACCAAAGAGUCCAGCGUGAACUGGUGUUUACCGGACCAGCACAGUGUGGAGGUGCUGGACGGGACCAAAGGCAAACUAGAUGGGAACAAACUGGCUGUGUCCAGAGUUUCCAAGUCCAACCUGUUCCAUCUGUUCCGCUGCCUGUGCCAGCGGUGCGGCCGCUCCGACCUUCUCUCCCUGCCCUCCUACGCUCAGGCCAAGUUGUCAGCCGCGUCCUUCCAGCUGGCCAAACAACACUUCUUCCAGGCCCUCGGCGUCCACGGCUACGGGGCCUGGAUCAGCAAGCCGCUGGAAGAGAAGAGCUUUGAGGAGCUGGUCACGAGUGACUCCAGGUUGCCCGUGGGCUUCAGCGGGAACGGAAGCGCAGUAGAAAUUAAACAGGAGGAGAUGUAGAUGUGUGCAAUCAAAUGAUUUCAUCUUUUAAAUAUGCAAAAGCACAAGGUUGGUCAAGGAGCCGUUGUUUCAGGGUCAAAGGUUAAAACUUGAAUGGUGUCAGAAAUUUAAAGAAUGACUUGCUGUUAAAAAUCACCUGAACUUUUCAUUUGACUAAGAAUCGUGUUGUGUUUUUUAGUUUGAAUGUUCCUGAGUGAUUUCCUUUGUUAUUUUCCGGACUACUUCCAUCUUUGUGUUCCUCUCUAUAUGUGCGUUUAUUUACCUUCAUCCAAAGCGUCUUUCCUUGUACGAUCAAAGAAGUUAGCAGUGUACAUGCGAAAGCUUCAGCUGUGCAACUCUUAGAUACAAACCAGCCGUGUUAAGUUUCAGCUUCUACUGUGUACAGUUAUGUGUAGUUUCCAUGGUAACAGUUCAGUUCUGCUCACUUUAUCUUCAUGUGUAUAGAGGAGGUUUGGGCUGCCGUUACGGUUGAUCGAUAGCUUUGGCAUCGUUGGUCUCGUUGGACAGCCAGUAUUAGACAUGUUCUUCGUUGCCUGAUAAAGUUCUUUGUGUUGGGCAGUGUGCACAGGUAUUAGACCAAUCUCAGUUGUGUUUCAGCCCCUUUGACCUAAGCAGAGUCUGCCUAAUAACCGUAACGUCUCCCUCAUGAUACAAACACACAACACCUGAUAUAUUUACAAAGCAAGUCUAUUCACAGUGGAGUUGGGACGCGAUGGGCCGAGUAAAUGUGCACCCAGGGUCAGAUACAGAUUCAAAUACCAGUCCUGUUUAAUAGUAUCUGCCUGUUAACCGGUUUUCUGUUUAACACCUCACUUGGCCGCAAGGCUGUUUGGCGAUGACAGUAGUGUGACCCGUUGUUCUUAGUUGCUAAACAUUCUGUCAGUGUUGCCUUAACCUGUGUAGUCGAACCCAUGGCUGUUUCUUAUUCCGAAAUAUAACGCCAGCAGUUGAAAUUCCAUCAUAACUUCCAUCUCCUUUUAGUCUUAGUCCUGUUUACAUUUGUGUUUGUUGUUGUCAGUUCAAUGUAAUCGUUUUUACAACAAAGUUUUAAUUAAAUUGUGUUUUAAUUU